UGUCUGUCAUUCGUUACUUAUUAUAAAAUAUUGCUAAAUAAAAUUCUUUCAUAAAUUCAUAAGAUACUUUAAAUUAGACAUUUCAACCUUAUUGAUAUAUCGACAGUGAUAUAUUUAUUUGUAGUUCGCCGGUCAACAAUUUAUCGGGUGUUCUGUGAAUAUUGUAAUGUAGGCCUUGUUGCGUCGACUGCAAACCGCCUGCGUAUCGCUAAAUCAAAUAGCAAUUGUUUGUAAUAUCGAUAUGUUUUAAUAGAAAACUUGUUUAAAUCGAAAAGAUGGAUAAUAUAAUAUCGUGGUCUGCGGAAGAUGAAGCCAUCAUUGGCACCAACACGGACGCCACAGAGUGCAAGCGAUCCGCAGUAGAGCUGGGCUACUGGAAGGACGACUAUAUUUCGUAUUUCGUUAAGCACGUAGACAGAAAAGCACCCGAGAUAAAUCGCGGCUACUAUGCCCGAGUGCGAGGUAUGGAGAUGUUUAUACAUCAGUUUAUAGAGAGAUGUGGAACCAAAUGUCAAAUAAUCAACCUGGGGUGUGGAUAUGAUACUCUGUACUGGCGGUUGAAGGAGACUACGCAGGCCGUAGGCAACUUUAUAGAACUUGAUUUUCCAGCUGUUACAUCUAAAAAAUGUCACAUAAUUAAGAGGAAUAAGCAGCUUCUAGAGAAAAUAUGUAAUGAAGACGGGGAGGUGGUGAUCCGCGAGGGGGACCUGCACUCGGACGGGUACCACCUGGCGGGCUGCGACCUGCGCUGCCUGGGCGAGGUGCGCCGCAAGCUGGCGGCGGCGGGCGCGGGCGAGGGCCCGGCCGCGCCGCCCACGCUGCUGCUGGCCGAGUGCGUGCUCGUGUACCUGCGGCCCGACGCCGCCGACGCGCUGCUGCGCCGCCUCGCCGCGCAGUUCCCGCGCUGCGCGCUGCUCGUCUACGAGCAGUGCAACCUCGGCGACAAGUUCGGGGAGGUCAUGGUGCGCAACCUGAGCGCGCGCGGCUGCGCCCUGGCCGGCGGCGGCGGCGGCUCGCCCGCGGAGCAGGCGGCGCGGCUGCGGGGGCUGGGGUUCGAGGCCGCGCGCUGCUGGGACAUGACGGCCGUGUGGCGCGCGCUGCCCGACGACGACCGCCUGCGCGUGGAGGCGCUCGAGAUGCUCGACGAGCGCGAGCUGCUGCACCAGCUGCACUCGCACUACGCGCUCGCCGUCGCCACGCGCUCCGCCGUGUUCGCGGACAUGGACCUCAACGCCUAGUUCCUCCCGGGCGGGCCCCGCCGCGCCCCGCCGCGCCCCGCCGCGCCCCGCCGCGCCCCCCCGCGCCGGCAGCCGACGGUCCAGCGUAGAUCCCACGCGUACGUGAUUUGAGAAGUCGCCGCGGCCGUCCCGAGAAUGUGCGCUGCCAAAUGUGAACGCGACCGAAACUGUUCAUAUUGUGGCGGCGAGUGAAGUCGUAUAUAUUUAUUACGGAAGUACGAUGUCGACCGACCGCUGCCGCAGUAGUUAGUCACUAAUACUAGGAGCAUGCUUGUAUUAAAUCACUUUUCGAUCGUUCCGGUUGUAUAUAGAAAUAAAAUCUCUGAGGAGUAAUUUUAUUCCCUUUAUGAAUUUUUGUAGGUCAUCUACGAAGCCUACUUGUAGCUGAACAGUGGCGGUGUUAGGCGUCGGCGACCUCGACAAUCGCCGAAGGCCUCGCGCUAGAGAGGUCGCGCAAAGUUUUUAAUUAUCUAAAAUUUAGUUAUUAAUUUUUAUUUAUUUCCAUACAGUUGCACGAGUAAAGAGAAUGAUUAGUACUUUACGGAAUUUAAAUAUAUCAAAAUGUUUAUAUAACAUUAGAAUCAUGCUCACAGUUCCCGUCAGGACAGCUUCUGCUGAGAGAAGCCUCUCA